GCUCUCAGCAUGAAUGCUCUGUGCCGAACCCGAAGCGAUGUGUGAGCAGGCUGCCCGUUACUGCAGAGACGGCGUCCACAAGCUACUCAGCAAAGAACAAUCCAAACUCCGGUCUCAGAACAGCGAGACAGAGACGGCAGCGCAGACAAGCAGCGGCGGAGCUCAGCUCGGUGGAAUAGACGGGCUAGUCCGCUGGAUAGUCACCAAGAUGAGCGACAACAAAAACCUCUCUUCCCGGGAAUUCCUCAAGGAGGAGUCGGCGGUUGCACGGGAGAAGUUCUUCAACCCGGAGCCACGGAAAGGCAUUUCUGUCAUAUUGGAUAUAUUCCGAAGAGCAGAUAAAAAUGAUGAUGGGAAGCUCUCCUUGGAUGAGUUCCAGGCCUUCUUCUCUGAUGGGACUCUCAACGAGGAGGAGCUGGAGAAACUGUUUCACUCGAUAGACUCGGACAACACCAAUAAUGUCGACACCAAUGAGCUCUGUGAUUACUUUGCCUCUCACAUGGGAGACUAUGAGGAAGUGCUGGCCUCCCUGGAGACCCUCAACCUGUCCAUCUUAAAGGCCAUGGACUACACCAAAAGGGUGUACGAGCGAGGCACCAAUGUGGAUCAGUUUGUGACCCGCUUCCUGCUGAAGGAAUCAUCCAAUCAGAUUCAGUCCCUUCUGAACUCGGUGGAGAGUGCGGUUGAUGCCAUUGAAGAGCAGACCUCCCAGCAGACGGGACACUACCAGAAUAAAGGGGGUCACCAUGUCUCGGAGGCCCGGUACGAGAACCCUGUCCAUGAGUACCCCCCCAACAACAGGGUCACCGCCAGGGAGCAGAAGAGGAACAUCCAGACUGGUCCAGUGGAGAUCAGAGAAGAGGGAUUGGAGGCCCAGAUAAACAGACUGGCCGAGCUGAUUGGGAGAUUGGAGAGCAAGACUGUGUGGCUUGACCUGCACCAGAGGCUGACUGAAACUGACGGCACAGCCUGCGCAUCCUUGUACCUGGUCCGUCAGGAGAUGAGCGUAUCCCAGAAGCACCUGGGAGAGUUCUGCGAGGCGCUGAAGCAGUACAUGAAGAACGUCUCGGCACAGAGGGAUUGCUUUCAUGUUACUGCAGUGAGGCUGCCUGAUGGAAUCACCUUUGUUGUAUAUGAGUUCUGGGAGGGAGAGGAGGAGUGGAAGAGGCACCUCCAGAGCUCUCCCUGCAAGGUGUUUCAGCAUGUGAAGGUGGACACUCUGACCCAGCCUGAGUCUGUCUCCAGCGUCGCUGUACCAGCUGCGUGGUGCUCCCUGAACCGGGACUGACUCCGUCGCCCGCCCUGACCAGGCCCGUUCCAGACCACCCUUCUCUCCUGUAACUGUUCACUGAAUGCUCUUCCCCCACUGCUGAGGACUUACUCGCAUCUUUUGUAAUGACUUGUUUCCAAGCAGUGUCUGUUAGAUACUUAACCGAGCACACCGCAGGGAAUGUAGGGUCUGUGAGGGCUUUGUGAUUUACUGUUAAAGUGAAGGAAAGCAAGCAACCCAACCGAAACAGAGCGCCUCAGUGGAGACAUUCUCUUUGAGUGCUUCUGCAUUGCGUGUUUGAGAGCACAGGUACCGUCUUUCACUCUCCUUUCCACCCCCGAUUCCUCCCGUCCUUCAUGUACGUGCACACAUACACUCCCACAUACACAGCAAUAUGAUCCAGGUAAAAAAAAAAAACGAU